CGCAUGCGUAGUGCUCGAGGCGGGGGGCCGAGGGGAAGGGAAACGUGGGUGUCCCGAGGGCUCCUCUUUGGGAGGGUGCGCGUAUCGGUGUCUCCCCUCCAAACGGUUCCUGUUGGGGGCGGGAAGUGCAGCUUUUACUCCCACAAAUGCAUUUAUUAUUCAGUUCAGAGGCCAGAGGAAAUCUUUAAGGAUGGACAUUGAAACGAAGGUUUUCAAAUUGCUCCCAGGAAGCUGGGCGCUUGCGGUUUGGGGAGCGGCGGAAGUGUGGCUCUCCCGACGCCGGAAGUGUGGCGCUCGGGGACCGGCGUUAGGGACCGCCUCGGGUGUAAUUUUGAUUGGUGGAAGCGAGGGCCAGGACUUCAGGCCUCGCCUGUGAUUGGUCGCGGGCGGAAUGCGGACUCAGGAUUGGUGGAUGAGCGUAGUCGGAAGUGUGGGCUGCGCGGUUGGUUACCGAGGGACCGGAAGUGUGGCUGUCACUCCGGGCACUGGAGUCGGAGAAAGCAUCUAGGGAUACUGGCUCCCAGAUGAAUUGACCCAGUGUCUGGUCUCACAGGACUUGUACUUUCAGGCCAGAUUCUUAGAUUUCGAGUGGAAUAGUGGGUAUCCCGGGUUGGCUGAGGAUCCGAGAGCAGGCCCAGCGUUCGGAUCCCGUCCAAGGCUCCCCCACGUCGGGGUUGCUGGGGACGCUUAGGUCUCUUCCCUAGGGCUAUGGCGGACUCGACGCUGCUAGUGUCGGAGCUCAGCGAAGCAGAGGCAAUGGGUGCCGAGAAGGCGCGUUUGGAGGAGCUGCUGCUGCAGGCCUCCAAGGAGCUCCAGCAAGCCCAGACAAGACCAGAAUCCACACAAAUCCAACCUCAACCUGGUUUCUGCAUAAAGACUAACUCAUCGGAAGGGAAGGUUUUCAUCAACAUCUGUCACUCUCCUUCCAUCCCUCCUCCGGCUGAUGUGACAGAGGACGAGUUGCUCCAAAUGUUGGAGGAGGACCAAGCCGGGUUUCGUAUCCCCAUGAGUCUGGGAGAGCCUCACGCUGAACUGGAUGCAAAAGGCCAGGGUUGUACCGCCUACGAUGUAGCUGUCAACAGUGACUUCUACCGGAGGAUGCAGAACAGUGAUUUCUUCCGAGAGUUUGUCAUCACCAUCGCCAGGGAGGGCCUUGAGGACAAGUACGGCCUGCAGUUGAAUCCAGAGUGGCGCAUGUUGAAGAAUCGGCCUUUCAUGGGCUCCAUCUCGCAGCAAAACAUCCGCUCCCGGCAGCGCCCUCGGAUCCAGGAGCUGGGGAGUCAGUACGCGCCGGACUCACAGAGCCCUGAGGAAGGCCCAGAAAAGCCUCACCUGAGCCUUUGGCUGGAAACCCCAGACCUCCUCUUGGCGGAAAUUGACCUCCCCAAACUGAAUGGCGCCCUGGGGCUGUCGCUGGAGAUUGGGGAGCACCGCUUGGUGGUGGGGGGCCCCCAGCAGCUCUACCGUCUGGAUGCCUACAUCCCCUUUCGGAUCAACUGUGAUGAGAGCAAGGCAGCCUUCCAUCGGAAGAGAAAGCAACUGAUGGUGGCCAUGCCCCUUCUGGGGGUGCCUUCGUGACCUGUGCCUCCCUGGGCUUCUGAGUGGAGCAUAGAAGGCAGUGGCGGAUCUAAAAUAGAAAUAAAACAUGUUUGUCUUGAUCCUUGUCUGGUG